UCCAUCUUGUCUUGCAUUUCAUCUACUUCAUACACAAACCGUCCAACCCCCACGAACUCACGCCGCCUUCCACGAGCCCCUGAGCCGAGCCCGAGCCCCGAGUCGGCGGCUGCCCGCAAACCAUGGCCGACGACCUCGACUCCAUCGUCAAGGGCGCCCCAAUUGCCGAGGCCGCUGCCAGCGAUGCCAAUGCCAAACCCGGCUCCGGCGCAAGCCCCUUCUCGCCCGGCACUGGUGCUGGCAAGCCUGGCGACCCGCUGCAUCACACGCCCAGCUCCCCUUCCAUGAUCUAUCUCAACCUCUUGAUCCUCGAGGCUUCCAUGCGCGCCCAGUUCCUCGAGCUGCGCGCCCGGAAGCGACAUCACACCUUCUUCCUCGCCAUCCUGACGCUCUGGGUCGCCUUCUUUGGUUACAAGCUGUACUUUGCGCCGCGAGAGGAUGGACGUGGCGUUGGAGGGUCUAUAUACUGGGCGGUCGAAGGCGCGCAAAAGGUGUGCUUCAUGGGUGGCAUUAUCACCGCCGCCCUUGUCUGGGCAACGGGCAUCUGGGAUCGUGGCAUCCGGUGGCCACGCCGCUGGUUCGCCAUCUCCAACCGAGGCCUGCGCGGCUUCAACUGCAAGUUGGUCAUCAUCAGACAGACGUGGUGGGCUGAGGCGCUGUCGACCAUAGGCUUUUUCCUAACGUACGGCCUCUUUUCGCAUACCGCCAGUUCCUCAUACCGCCUUGUCGAGCCGCAGCUGCUGCGCCAGGUCGAGAAGGAGCUCCAGCUUACAAGCGAUAACCAUCCCACCCUAGUCCUCCCCCCCGAUGAUGACGAACUUGGCGGCCAUGAAGAAGAUUUGGCGCCUGGUGGCGAUUACGUUAAACUAUUACUUCUACCGAAGCCGUUCUCGCCUACUUUUCGAGAGAACUGGGAGCUUUACCGCACUGAAUACUGGGAGAGGGAGAAUGAGCGUCGGCGGUUGCUUCGGCAAAAGGUCAAGGAGCAUGACCGGAAAGUCGCAAAGGAUCAAUACGGUUGGCUGUGGUGGCUCCCCUGGCACCAGAGUCCACAGCCUCGCAUCCGUCGCGAACCCCAAAAGAUGCCCCAUCACCGUCUAGCGAGCUCGGAACGCAAGCGUAGGAACAGCAGCGUGCGCCGCUCCUCGGUGAGCUCCUCGAGAAGCCAAACGCCGUUGGUCUUUGACAGCGAUGGCCAAACAACACCGCGCAAACAGGCUCUUGCUGCAGAUAAGCGCCGGAAGCAGGGAUCUAUAUCAAAGGUGAAGAGGCCCAGCACUGACUCUCGGUCUGUGACGCCCGAUAUCCCAUCCCGGCUAUCUAGAGAGAGCAGCGUGACGGUUGAUACGGAGACGGACGGCAGCAGCGGGCGGACGCUACGAAGCACGAGCAAAAGAGCCAGCCCAGCGCCUUUGUCGGCUGAUUGAUUGAUUGAGUGAUGAUGUCAAGAUUAUACGAAGGGCAUUACUGGAAAUGGGACAUGGUGUACGGCUUUUCUUUAAGCGUGAUGGAAGCAUAUACUUAUUAUUCCGCAUCACGAAACUUGAGUCUGUGUAAUUACGGUGCAUUUGUUUUCUCUUGGAUUAGACCCCACACAAUAAAACAAGGGAUGAAAGUCAGCUUGUUGUCCAUCCAUAUAAUUGAACGAUUUUUAUGUUAGACAACUCUCCCUCAAUAUCUAC